AUGUCGGCCAGCUACUGGGACUCGACGCAGCGGCGGUAUUGGCUCUUCACCAAGGACCAAUUGAACACGAUGCGCACCAAGCUCGAGCAAGACAACAUUGACCUCGUGCGCAUGUUUCCUCUGUCCCAGCCCCGCCACCUCGCCAUCUUCUUCAACCAGCAACUCAUCCGCCUCGGCAAGCGCCUCACGAUCCGCCAGCAGGCCAUGGCCACGGCCCAGGUCUACCUCAAGCGCUUCUACUCGCGCGUCGAGAUCCGCCGCACGAACCCGUACCUCGUCAUCACCACGGCCAUCUACCUCGCCUGCAAGAUGGAGGAGUCGCCGCAGCACAUCCGUCUUAUCGUGACGGAGGCUCGGCAGCUGUGGCAGGACUUCAUCGGCCUCGACACCUCCCGCAUCGGAGAGUGCGAGUUCUUCCUCAUCUCCGAGAUGAGCUCACAGCUCAUCAUCCACCAGCCCUACCGCACGCUGACCUCGCUGCGCAGCGAGCUGGCCCUCGUCGACGAGGACGUCCAGCUCGCCAAGUCGGUCAUCAACGACCACUACAUGACCGACCUGCCGCUGCUCUUUCCCCCGCACGUCAUCGCCCUCGUCGCCAUCCUGCUCGCCCUCGUCCUGCGACCCAACUCGGUCGCCCCCGGCCAGCAGGGUGCCGGCGCCGCGGCCGCCGCGGGGCUCGCCGCCGCUCAGGCUGCGCUAAGCCACGUCGCACAGGGCGGCGGCCUGGUGACGCCGGGCGGAGGAGGGCUCGCUGCGCUGCCGCCUCCACCGGUGGCAGCGGUCUCGGGCCACGAGGCGCGCGAGAAGCAGCAGGAGGCACGCAUAACCCGCGUACAGCACUUUGCGGCGUGGCUCGCCGAGAGCACGGUCGACAUUGCGUCCAUGGUGGACGCCACGCAGGAAAUCAUCUCUUUUUAUGAGUGCUACGAGAAGUACAAUGAAAAGCUGACUAGGGAACAAAUCAAUCGCUUCGUCAAGGCAGGCAGCUUGGAUCGAUAG